CGGAGGAAGCGCGCUCAGUCCUGCCCCUACCGCUGCAGAGGAGCGCAUGCGCAAACUCGUGCGGCUGGCCGUUGUCUGCAGGGUCGCUGCCGGCCCCUUCCUGUGUGCUCUCUGUGCUCCGCCCUCUCUAAGAUGGCGGCCCUGGCAGUAAACAAGGCUGCUGCCGGGCCGGACGGCAGCCGUGGAGCUAGUAACAGCCGGGGCCCGGCCGGCGCCGCCGUGAAGGUUCUUGAGUGCGGAGUCUGUGAAGAUGUGUUCUCUUUGCAAGGCGAUAAAGUUCCUCGGCUGCUUCUUUGUGGCCAUACUGUCUGCCAUGACUGCCUGACCCGGCUUCCCCUUCACGGGAGGGCCGUCCGCUGUCCUUUUGAUCGACAAGUAACUGAAUUGGGAGAUUCUGGUGUCUGGGGAUUGAAAAAGAAUUUUGCUUUGUUGGAACUCUUGGAACGGUUGCAGAAUGGGCCUCCUGGACAGUGUGCAACGGCAGAAGAAACCAUUGGUCUAUCUGGAGAGUGUAUCAUUCGCUGUGAUGAAGAUGAAGCCCAUGUUGCGUCUGUUUAUUGCACUGUUUGUGCCACUCACCUGUGUGCAGACUGUUCUCAGCUUACUCAUUCUACAAAGACACUAGCGAAACACAAACGUGUACCUCUUGCUGAUAAGCCUCAUGAGAAGACCAUGUGCUCCCAACACCAAGUGCAUGCUAUUGAGUUUGUUUGUUUAGAAGAGGAUUGUCAGGCCAGUCCUCUCAUGUGUUGUGUCUGCAAAGAGUAUGGAAAGCAUCAAGGUCAUAAGCAUUCGGUCUUGGAACCAGAAGCAAACCAGAUUCGUGCAUCCAUUUUAGACAUGGCCCACUGUAUAAGAACUUUCACAGAAGAAAUUUCAGAUUAUUCCAGAAAAUUAGUUGGAAUAGUUCAGCAUAUAGAAGGAGGAGAACAAAUAGUUGAAGAUGGAGUUGGAAUGGCCCAUACAGAACAUGUACCUGGGACUGCAGAGAAUGCUCGCUCUUGUGUCCGAGCCUAUUUUUCGGAUCUUCAUGAAACUCUUUGUCGUCAGGAAGAAAUGGCUCUUAGUGUUGUUGAUGCUCAUGUGAGAGAGAAGUUGAUUUGGCUUAGACAACAACAAGAAGACAUGACUAUCUUAUUGUCACAGGUUUCAACAGCUUGCCUUCAUUGUGAAAAGACUUUACAACAGGAUGACUGCAGAGUAGUGUUGGCCAAACAGGAAAUUACAAGACUGCUGGAGACAUUACAGAAGCAGCAGCAGCAAUUUACAGAACUUGCAGAUCAUGUACAGCUGGAUGCUAGCGUACCUGUCACUUUUACAAAGGACAACAGGGUACAUAUUGGACCAAAAAUGGAAAUUCGAGUUGUCACUCUAGGAUUAGAUGGAGCUGGCAAAACAACUAUUUUGUUUAAGUUAAAGCAAGAUGAAUUCAUGCAGCCAAUUCCAACAAUAGGUUUUAAUGUUGAAACAGUAGAAUACAAGAAUCUGAAGUUUACUAUUUGGGACGUAGGAGGAAAACACAAGUUGAGACCCUUGUGGAAGCAUUAUUAUCUCAAUACCCAAGCUGUGGUGUUUGUUGUUGAUAGUAGUCACAGAGACAGGGUCAGUGAAGCACACAGUGAACUUGCAAAAUUAUUAACAGAGAAGGAAUUGCGGGAUGCCUUGCUCUUGAUCUUUGCUAAUAAACAGGAUGUAGCAGGUGCGCUUUCAGUGGAAGAAAUUACAGAACUGUUGAGUCUCCACAAACUCUGCUGUGGCCGUAGCUGGUAUAUCCAGGGUUGUGAUGCUCGAAGUGGUACAGGACUUUUUGAAGGACUAGACUGGCUUUCAAGGCAGUUAGUGGCUGCUGGUGUCCUGGAUGUGGCUUAAUUUCAGAACAGAUAAGUUUGUAGUUUACUAUUUUGUUUUGUUUGCAUGAUUUUGGAUUUUGUAACCAAGUCUGCUGUCUGAAGAGGGGACUUGCUUUAACUUGGUGGUUACAGAAAAAUAUAAGACUUCAUGCAAGAUUGGAUAAUUGUUUCAGUAAGCUUGUGCAGUUAGUCUUUUUGAAACUUGAUAUCUGUACAAGUAGUGAAAUGGGCUAGUUAUAUGAGUGCCUUGAAAUUCUUUUUGGUGGAAUUAGCUUUUUAAAAUUUUAAAUUCUUCACUUAAGAAAUAUGUUAGUUUAUCUAAUAAUUGUAACAAGGUUACAGUAGUUAAUUGAUGUCAGAAAAAUUUUGAGUGAUUCAGAAAUGCUUUCCCAAGAAACUAUUCCAAAAUCCACUGCAAACUAUUAGAAUAGCCAGCUCUGGCCAUAAGGCAGAAACAGAUGAUGCUAUUCUUAAAUCUAAGAAAGUUGUUCAUCUGAAGCUUGUGUUGAAAAUUACGUGCAGAUACACUGCUAAUGGUAAAUGUGUCCUGCAUUAUUUAUUAGCUUCCCUGUUCCUUACUUUAAGGGAGCAUAACUGGGCAAAGAAAAUUGAGAAUGGGGAACAGUGUUGUAGUACUAUGCAGCCGGGUGUCAUUGUUUAGCUGGUUGUUUCCUAGGAGAUUUUUUGAUGUUUUUUUAUAAGUGUACACAUGCUAAAUUAUCUAUGGAUAGAAUACAGUGAUAUUAAGUUGAAAAUGUUCUGUGAAUGCUUGAGGACGUAAUCUGCCUUCAGAGAUUAAUCUUGCUCCUCAAGAAGUUUAGAAAAAAACAAACCACAAAACUCACACGUUUUUAAAGAAGCAAUGUGGUGUAAUAUCAAUCCAUCUAUGUACUCAUGUAGAAGUCAAGCCUCCAGAUUAAGGUAGUGGCCUUUACUGAUUAGAUAACAUGAUGAAAAAACAUUGUUCGCUAGUUAUAACUUUUACAAGAUCAGAUGGCAAAAUAUGAUGUAAACUUUCUGUAUAUAGAUUAAUUCUUACUCCAUGUUCCACAUUUAACUGUUACCAGUAUCUCCAUUUUCAAAGGUCACUCAUUCACAAGCUGAUGAAAUACGGGUGCAGCACUUUUUAAAUUUAGAAGAGGUUGUGAUCACUUAAUGGCAUCUUCCUUUUCUGCUACACAUACAAUUCUGUUAACAAUUUUUUUUUCUGACUGGUGUCCAUAGAAGAAUUUCCUGGCCUCCUCUUCUAGUACACAGCCAUUGCCAACUGAAGAAACCAUGCCCGUGACUCUCUUCAUGUCAGUAGAAGAGCUGGGAAGAACAUAGCCAAUAGAUCAAAACUGGAUAGCGUCACUUACUGCAGUAGAGGUGACUAGGAUGAACCAGAUGGUGGAAAUGAGCAGCUAGGUAGGUAGAUAGGUAGGUAGGUUUUUCUGCCACAGUGAAAAACAUACUAACUUGUGAACCUCACCUGGUAAAGAAAAUUUAUUUCACGAUCUAUGACUAUGACUUUCUUUAUAUUAUUAGCAGCUUUAUGAUCUUUUCCCACUACGUACCUUAGGUAAAGCCAAGAAUGUAUAAAUAAAUAAUAUAGUAUAUUUGCACUUUUCUUCAAGAGGAAGCAGUUAAAGUAGCUACUUCCGCAUUAUCACACUUGUUCUUAGUUUUCUCAUUUCUUGUAUCUCAUGUAAAUGACAUCAAAUGUAGCUUCAGUUUAAGCUGGUCUAGUGACUUGUAAUAGUAGCUGAAAGAACACUAGCUUUAAAAUAGUAGAAAUUUGUAAAAAGGGCUUUGGUGUCUGUAUAGGUACUGAGAAGGGGUAAUAACUCUUUCUGCAGAUAACCUGCUAAAUCUAGAAAUAGUUUACAAUGGGCUGAAGGAUGUUUUUCCUGCACCGAGCUGAAAAUUGUUCCUCCUUCGCAGCCUGUAAGUUCUUGCACAAUACGCUGCUGGCUGCUCUUGACUUCAGUGUCUGCUCAGCCUGCAAAGCAGUUCCAGAUCUAGUUAGUGCUGACUGUCCCUUCAUAGCUUUCUUUUUAAAAUAUGUACAAGUUCUGCUAAGUGUGGUAGAUACCUUUUCCUGGAAUACAGGGAAGGCAUCUGUUCUUUUGAAAAACUUGAAAGUGUAAUUUUAUUAUAGUGGGCAAAUGCUGGUCUUACAUUCCCUUUGAACUCUUCAACUAUGGUUCUAAAUUACUGCUUUAAGAUGUUCAAAGUGAUCCGUUUGUGAGUUGUGUUCUUGAUUUGGUUUUUUUUUUUUUGGUAAGAGUAUAUUUGAGGGCACAGGAAAAAUACUUGUACAUCUUUUUGAGCACAAAAGAUUGCUUGCUUGUGACGUGUGGAAUACUACCAUAAAGUGUUUUUUAGUGGAAUUUAUUUAAGAUGACUUCAAGUAACUGUGAAGGAAUUGCAUUUGUCUGUGAACUCUUCAGUGCAAACUGGUGCACUAAGAGGUUUAUUUGUAUUAUAAGUUAAUACUAUAUAUAAACUGCUUCAGUUAUAAAUUUAAGCUUGUUUCCCCAGUUUUCUAGAACUUGAGUUUUAGUGUACUGACUUGUGCGGUGGAGUAUUUCCUCAACUAGAACUUAAGCAUUACUAUGAGGAUUAUUUGAAAAGAGUUAUUAACAUUUUGCAGGAUUUUGGCUUAUUUGUGAAAUUAAGUAAAUGCAACAUCCAGUGACAAUGUUGUGGCUUUCUUUAAAGAAUCUUGGCUCAACAAUAGUAUGCUUAGGCUAACUGGAAAAAUCGUGGUUUAUCGUAUCACAUGAUGUGGUGAUACUGUAUGCUGUCUUCAAAAUUAUUGUGGAUUGUGUGGUACUUGAGGAAUUUCUUCUGAGAUGGUUUAAUUUCUGAACUGUCGGAUGUUACAUUAUGAUUUUUGAAGGGAAAGAGCUCUUUUAAAGGAAACAAUUCAUGAGCUGCUGCAGUCUGAGUUGCCCAGAAAAAAAUGAUAUUUUUUUUCAAUAAAAUUAUCUAAAACUUCUGGA